CAGGAAGGAGAGGUGGAAAUGACUGUUGAACUAGUGAAAGCCAUAUCCCAGGACUUGGUGACAUUCAAGGAUGUGGCAAUAGACUUUUCCCAGGAGGAAUGGGAAUGGCUGAACCCUGCUCAGAGGAAUUUGUACAAGAAUAUGAUGUUGGAGAACUAUCAGAACCUGGUAUCACUGGGUCUUUGCAUCUCUAAGCCAUAUGUGAUCUCCUUAUUGGAGCAAGGGAAGGAGCCUUGGGAGAUGAAGACAGAGAUGACAAGAAGCCCAUUCCCAGAUUUGGGAUCUAUAUAUGAGACACAAGAAUUAUCUCUGAAGCACUUCAUGUAUGAUGAUGUGUUAAUGGAGAGAAUUGCAGGCUAUGGACUUGAGUUUUCCACUUACAGAGAAAAUUGGAAAUGUGAAGAUCUUUUUGAGAGGGAAUUGGUAAGUCAAGAGGCAUUUAUCAGGCAAGAAGUAACCACUCAUAAGAAAACCCUUACUAAGGAAAUAGAUCACAACUAUAACAAAUCUGGGAAAUUUGUCCAUCUAGACAAUAUGGAAGAAAAUGUUUAUAAUCACAAGUCAGGUAAAAAAAGCUUUUCCCAAAAUUCCAUGGUAGUAAAACACAAGAAAGUCUAUGCAGGAAAGAAACUUUUUAAAUGUCAUGAAUGUGAGAAAACCUUUACCCACAGCUCCUCCCUUACUGUUCAUCAGAGAAUUCAUACUGGUGAAAAACCAUAUGAAUGUAAAGAAUGUGGGAAAGCCUUUAACCAGAGUCAGCACCUUGUUCAACAUCACAGAAUACAUACUGGAGAGAAGCUCUUUGAAUGUAAAGAAUGUAGGAAAGCCUUCAGCCAAAAUGUGCACCUUAUUCAACAUCAAAGAAUUCAUACUGGAGAAAAACCGUAUAAGUGUAUGGAAUGUAGAAAAGCCUUCAGCCAACCUGCCCACCUUGCUCAGCACCAGAGAAUUCAUACUGGGGAGAAGCCCUAUGUAUGUAAGGAAUGUGGGAAAGCCUUCAGUGAUGGCUCAUCCUUUGCCCGACAUCAGAGAUGUCACACUGACAAAAGACCCUAUGAAUGUAUUGAAUGUGAGAAAGCCUUCAGGCAGAACACAUCCCUUAUUCGUCACUGGAGGUAUUAUCAUACUGGAGAGAAACCUUUUGAUUGCAUCGAUUGUGGGAAAGCUUUCAGUGAUCACAUAGGCCUUAUUCAGCAUAGGAGAAUUCAUACUGGAGAGAAACCAUAUAAAUGUAAAGUGUGUGGGAAAACCUUCAGUUAUGGCUCAUCCCUUACCGUCCAUCAGAGAAUUCACACAGGAGAGAAACCUUAUGAAUGUGUUGUCUGUGGGAAGGCCUUCAGCCAUCAUGCUUCACUCACACAACAUCAAAGAGUGCAUUCUGGAGAGAAACCUUAUGAAUGCAAGGAAUGUGGGAAAGCCUUUAGACAGAGUAUACACCUUGCUAUUCAUUUGAGAAUUCAUACUGGUGAAAAACCCUACAAAUGUAAAGAAUGUGGAAAAGCUUUUAGCAUCAGUUCACAGCUGGCUACUCAUCAGAGAAUUCAUACUGGAGAGAAACCUUAUGAAUGUAAGGAAUGUGGUAAAGCUUUCAACCAGAGGGCACACCUUGCCCAACAUCAUAAAAUUCAUACAGGAGAGAAACCUUAUGAAUGUAAUGAAUGUGGUAAAGCCUUCAGCCAGACUACCCGCCUUAUUCAACAUCAGAGAGUUCAUACUGGAGAGAAACCCUAUAAAUGUAGCGAAUGUGGAAAGGCUUUUAGUGAUAGCUCAUCCCGUUCUCAGCAUCGGAGACUCCAUACCGGCCAAAGGCCCUAUGAAUGUGUUGAAUGUGAGAAGGCAUUUAGAACAAAAUCAUCCCUUAUUUGUCAUCAAAGAUGUCAUACUGGGGAGAAACCUUAUGAAUGCAGUGUGUGUGGUAAAGCCUUUAGCCAUCGUCAAUCCCUUACAGUUCAUCAGAGAAUUCAUUCUGGAGAAAAACCUUAUGAAUGUCAGGAAUGUGGGAAAACCUUUAGCCAGAUUGGACACCUUAAUCUACAUAGAAGAAUUCAUACUGGAGAGAGAUCUUAUGAAUGUAAAGAAUGUGGAAAAGUCUUCAGACAAAGUGCACACCUUACUCAUCAUCAGAAAGUUCAUGCAGGAAAAAAACUUUUCAAAUGCAAUGAAUGUAAGAAAACUUUUACCCAGAGCUCAUCCCUUACUGUUCAUCAGAGAAUUCAUACUGGGGAGAAACCCUAUAAAUGUAAUGAAUGUGGAAAGGCCUUCAGUGAUGGCUCAUCCUUUGCUAGGCAUCAAAGAUGUCACACUGGCAAGAAGCCUUAUGAAUGUAUCGAAUGUGGGAAAGCUUUCAUACAGAACACAUCCCUUAUUCGUCACUGGAGAUAUUACCACACUGGGGAGAAACCCUUUGAUUGCAUCGAUUGUGGGAAAGCCUUCAGUGAUCACAUAGGACUUAAUCAACAUAGGAGAAUUCAUACUGGAGAGAAACCCUACAAAUGUGAUGUAUGUGACAAAUCCUUUAGAUAUGGCUCAUCACUUACUGUACAUCAAAGGAUUCAUACUGGAGAAAAACCAUAUGAAUGUGAUGUUUGCAGAAAAGCCUUCAGCCAUCAUGCAUCACUCACUCAACAUCAAAGAGUGCAUUCUGGAGAAAAGCCUUUUAAAUGUAAAGAAUGUGGGAAAGCUUUUAGGCAGAAUAUACACCUUGCUAGUCAUUUGAGGAUCCAUACUGGAGAGAAACCCUUUGAAUGUGGGGAAUGUGGUAAAUCCUUCAGUAUCAGUUCACAGCUGGCUACUCAUCAGAGAAUUCAUACUGGAGAGAAGCCCUAUGAAUGUAAGGUUUGUAGUAAAGCAUUCACCCAGAAGGCUCACCUUGCACAGCAUCAGAAAACUCAUACGGGAGAGAAACCAUAUGAGUGUAAGGAAUGUGGUAAAGCCUUUAGCCAAACCACACACCUUAUUCAACACCAGAGGGUUCACACUGGAGAGAAACCCUAUAAAUGUAUCGAAUGUGGGAAGGCCUUUGGUGAUAACUCAUCCUGUACUCAACAUCAGAGGCUUCACACUGGCCAGAGACCUUAUGAAUGUAUCGAAUGUGGGAAGGCAUUCAAGACAAAGUCCUCGCUUAUUUGUCAUCGCAGAAGUCAUACGGGAGAGAAACCUUAUGAAUGUAGCGCGUGUGGCAAAGCCUUUAGCCAUCGUCAGUCCCUUAGUGUCCAUCAGAGAAUUCAUUCUGGAAAGAAACCAUAUGAAUGCAAAGAGUGUAGGAAAACCUUCAUCCAAAUUGGACAUCUUAAUCAACAUAAAAGAGUCCACACUGGAGAGAGAUCCUAUAACUAUAAGAAAAGCAGAAGAGUCUUCAGGCAGACCGCACACCUUGCUCAUCAGAGAAUUCAUAAUGGAGAGUCGUCAGCACGCCCCUCUUUACCUUCCACAUCGAAUCCUGUGGAUCUGCUUCCCAGAUUUCUCUGGGGUCCGUCCUCACUCCCAUCACCGUAGUCUCAACAUUGUUAUUUCAGCUGGACUGCUCCAUUAGUUUAAAAACUGGUCCCCCUGGUUGGUUGGUUUUGUUGUCCUUUAUGAGUUUGUUCUUCACAUUGCAGUCAGAUUGAUUUUUUUUAAGUGUAAAUACAAUUCAUUCACUUCUUAGGUAAAAACUUGUGUUGAGAUCCUUUAAAUUGGUUAAUACGUAAGAUGUGCUUAGCACAGUGCCUGGUCCAGACCAAGUGUUGAGUAAAACAUUAUUUUAGGACAUUGAAGAGUUACCACAGUCAGCUCUGAAUAAAAAUGAUGCAUAGGAGGAGGCCAGGAGAAACCAGUUUAGAUCAGAAACAGGAGUUUCAAGGUAGUCAGCGAGGUUUUGCCAAUGGUGGUUUAAAACUUGUUUCCAUAAUGUUGAGUUAGAACUGUGGUUUCCCAUCUCAUCUGCAUAAAUGUAAGGUGAUGUGACUUUAUUGGUGAGAGAAUUCAGCUUUACUAUACAUCUGACAACAGUCUUAGGAAGUGUGUAGAGAACAUGGAUCCGUAGGCCUCUUAGAACAAAAGAACUGAAACAAUCAGAAAAAAAAAAUGCAAGAUUUAUAUGUACAAAGUUAAAACUACUGACAUGUUACUCAAGAAUUAGAAAAUUUGGAAAGAUUUGAUCUAUUUAAAAUCACCUGGGCUUAUGAAUGAACUUGCUUCAACUUUUAAGGAACUGUCAACCUUGAGGUAAACCA